AUGGUGGGUGCUUGUGAAAGUAAGAUUCUUGUAACUACUCGGAAAAUGGAAGUAGCUUCGAUAAUGGGGACGGCUCCUGCACACUGUUUGAACGGUUUGUCACAUGAAGAUAGUCUGACUUUGUUCUUGAGUAAGGCAUUUGAACAAGGAUCUUCAUUGGGAAAGAAAACCAAGAGACGGGAGUGGAAUAUAGUUAACAGUCACAGCGGGUGGAACUCAAAUCAGAACGAAGAAAUUUCAUCUGCAGUAAGAGUGAGCUAUGAACAAUUGUCAUCUUAUCUCAAAGUUUGUGUUGCUUACUGCUCAAUAUUUCCCAAGGGCUGUGUGAUUGAAAUAGAUAAAUUGAUACAGCUAGUAGCAGAAGCAGCAGGGGUUGAAUUCUGUGCAGUAAACUCUCACAUACAAAACAUUUCUGAUGAGGUCGGAGAUGUGGUGUUUUCUGAAUAUGAUUUGUCAGGCAAGGAACUGCCAGCAUCCCUUCUCAAUAACCAGGUGCUAGAUAUCAGUGAUUCAUGUUUCGAUGAGCUGCCUAGCUCUGUUGGCGAAUUGAAGUAUUUAAGAUAUCUUGAUGUAAGUUCCAAUCAAAGCAUUAAAGGAUUACCUGAUUCGAUUAACAACCUAAGACACCUGUAUAUAACCACCAAGCAAGCAUGUUUACCUGAUAAAGCAAUUGUCUGCUUAUCAUCUCUUCGUUCUUUGUGCAUCCAUUGCUGCAACAAUCUCGUAUCUUUGUCUGAAGGUCUGCAACAUCUGACUAACCUUCGCACUUUGGCAAUCAUCAGUUGCCCAAGACUGACCUUUUUCCCAAUUGCUAUGAAGCACCUUACUGCUUUAGAGAAUCUGUUGAUUGUUGACUGUAAAGAGCUUACAUUGUUGGAGUGGCAAGAUAUUGAAGGACUUAGGAUGCUUCGGUCAUUGGUUAUCGGAGGCUUACCUGAAUUGGCGUCAAAAGAUGUUCACUGCCUCGGGAGCCUUCAGAUGUUGGUACUUGCUGGUUUACCAGAGUUAGUUACUUUGCCGCGAUGGCUUGAAGGUGCUAGUGCUACUCUACAAUACCUGAGGGUGGAAAGGUGCCUGAAUUUUGCAGCAUUGCCAAACUGGCUGGCAAAUCUUACUGCACUUGAAAAACUUGAAAUUUCCAAGUGCCGUAAAUCAUUUUCAUUGCCCGAGGGGAUGAGUUGCCUCACAAACCUGAAGGUACUUAAGAUCGACAAUUGA